CCCAAAGCCAGACGGGACUUUUACAAACGAAUUGAUUACUAAGGGCUUAUUUGUCUGGGGGUUUGCGGGGAGGUCGCCACUGUAGUCUAAUAUAAAUGGAUUAAAUGUCUUCUGUAAGGCCGACUUACAAAAGCGAGCAUGUAUCAGCAGCAGCCAUUUUCAUAAUGCGGCCUGAUACACAGGAGCGGACUCCAGUGGCCCUGCACAGAGUUGGGUACUAAUUUGAAAGGAAGAUUAGUUCCGUCAGCUCCGCUGAGGAAAGAAAGGCAGAGAUUUGAACGUACUGGAUUGUCCUAGCCCUUGUGCAGCCUCUUCAAAAAAAGAAGGGGGUGGGGUGGGGAGAAUUAAAUCCAAAUGAUCCUUAAGCCCUCCGUGAGCCAUUUUCACUUCUCGUGAUAUUUCUCAGCCGUGCUGAGCACUCUGUAGGCCCCAUGGGACGAAAUGGACGCUUCGGUGUCUCUCACCUGUGAAAACAUUUCACUCUCCACCCGCAAGAGGGUAAAAGAAGGUGCCUUUCCUACUGAAUCACCUUUGGGCUCUAGGACAGCUCCAGUGCAGUGAUUGAUUGGCUCGGCAUCCCCAGGCAGGGGGGUUGGAGUGUGGGACCACAGUGAGAAUGUAAUGUCUUCCCAGAGGUCCUCAUUGCUAGCUCGGCAUGCAAGAGUCCCCGAGGGCUUUGGAAGUUCAGCUCCAGAGCAUCUCAAAUGAAGGCUCAUAAACCAGUCAUUGAUAGAGACUCCUGCUCUGAAAGGAGUCGUUGAAGGGAUCCUUAAGUGUGGGCUACAAGGACGUGUUUGUUGAAGGGUAGAUAGGCGUCUUCUCUGGGCUGUUACCAGGUAGUACUUGGAAUGAUAAGGCUGACGUCUGAGGCACACUAUCAACUUAAAUAAGGCCUGUUAAGACAUAGUGUCUAAAGACUAGCUGGGAGUGCACUUCUCCCAAGAGAAGCAGAGCCUUAGAGGCACUGUUGGUGACUUUUUGGGGGUAAUUGAGUAAGUAGGUAAGCUUAGGGAAGAGUACAUCCUGAAAAGGGCCUUGAAAAGCAGGUCCGAUUUUAACUGGGGAAGGAAAAGGAAAAUAGCAUUUUGGUUUGCUGGCAGACAGCAAAUCGAGGUGUUGCAGACUGUGCCCUACAGGGUGUGUGUACUUUCUAGGGCAUUUGUGUAUCACCAUCUCUUAAUGUGUUUCUCCAAGCUGGCGCCAACACAAGGCCACAUUUUAAGUGUUAUAAGGCUUUGAAGAAACAGAGCUGAGAGGUUUGCUCUAUGCUGCUUGACUAGUGUUCGCCAUACCUGAAUCUGCCCAGAAGCUACCUUUGGGUCCAGCCUGUCCCAUCUGCAGAUCACCAAUGCCUCCAUUGUUGGAACCAUUAGGAAUCCUGGGCCUGCUUUCAGCGUCUAAUGAAAAGGCCUUCCGAAUGUUGUGAGCUAAUAAUGAGAGAAGAUCCCAGGGGCCAUAUGCAGCAAAGGGCCACAGCACCAUGUGGACUGUUUGAGAUGGACAGUGGAAGGAAAGUUGAGCCUCUCUCCCUGGGUUGUUAGGAUUGAAUAAACUGUGUGUCUUGGUGGGUGGAGUGGCCUGGAUGUCAGCGCCACUCCCUCUGUCACCUUGCCAGUGUGCCUUUGCGCAGUGCACAGAAUGUACAACUGUACACAACGUUCCCAGUGCCAUUCACUUUAUCUGUGUCCCAGUCUGCCCUGGUGAGCUUUCUGUGCAGGCUAACCUGGUCCAUUCACUGUGGGUGUUCUUCAGACCCCGUUCCCUUAUCUUUAGCUGCCCUGUGGGUUUUUGUUGUUGUUUUCAUUUGCUUGCUUUUUUUUUUUUUUUUUUUAAACCGUUGGUGUAAUUGGUUCAACUACAUUUCUAAGAAGCAAAGACAGAGGCUAUUCCUCAUUUUGAUUCAUUCCAAUUAGAGAUAUGGGCACAGUCUACUAAUUCUCCAAAUAUACCCAGACGCUGAUAAACUGUUUGGUUUUCAAAGAAAUCUUAGAAGCCAACUAACCUAUUUCCUGUAUCCAGCAGCCCUUUGAGGUAAAGAUCCUUUGAGGUAAAGAUCCCUUGCUUUUAUGGAUGGAGGCACAGUGGACAGGUGAUGGGGAUAGUGUAUUUUCAGAGCUCUCUUAGCUUGCCGUUCAUCCCCUGUGGUCGGGAAGGCUUCAUUGUUUGAGGCUGAGUAGCGGGUUUUCUGGAAUUCCUUACACUCCUCAGACGUGGGGAGCCGAGCUGAUGUCUACAGGGCAGCUGCAGUAGGAACAGGUCCAGCAAACACAGGGUGCCUCUGAAUCCAUGUUUUGGAUUUCAUGGAUGUAUUCAGAAACAGUAAUAUAUCAUAAUUGGAGUCUAAUAUUGCACCGUCAAGCCUGGAAGAGAAGUGACUCCUUCUCCCCCUGCUCUCCUACACCUGUCAAGGUUAAUUUUUAACUGCUGGUGCAUUGCAAAACAUCCCUCCCGAAGAGCUGAAUUCAUGCAUCUGGUUUUAAAUACCUUGGGCUGGGUUCUUAGCUGUAGACAACGUAAGCAAACACCAAGACAGAAGGAAAUAACUUUCAGAGUUUCACUUUUCUCUGAUUUGUUUUUUUUUUUCCUCCCAUUGCAUUGAAAGUAUGUUCUGACUCGAGAGAGUUGUCUCUAAGGUAAAAUUGAAACUUCGAUAUAGAUGUAGACCCCAAGAGGGGUAUAGGUGUAUUGGGGGAGAGCCUGAUCCAUCUCAUGGAAACUAGAAAGUUUACCCACGAUCCCCAAGUGCAUUGUGAGCGCCACCCUGGGCACGUGCUAGGCGAUGUUUUUACUUUUGUUUUCAGGCUACAGCUUUCUCUGAAGGGAUGGACAUCACGGGAUGGGUGCUGGGGAGUCGGAGGGGGAGUUCCUCUGUCUGCUAGACAGUGGGUGUGGGCGUGCCUUCGCAGAAAGCCUGUAGCCUGUGUCUGGAUUUUUUUUUUUUUUUUUAUGCAAGCCUAGGUUUGUUUAUUAACUGGAAAGGGUGUUUUUCCUUCCCGUGGGUUCAUUAAGCUCACUGGAGUCAUGGAUUAGCCCUAUCCGGGAGAGCCCUACUUUCUAAGAUGUCUCAUGUUGGAAUUAAGAAGGAACGUGUUCCUUUAACCGUGGGUAACUUUGGAUAAUUCACCCCCCCCCCCAACACACACCUGAUUUCCCUAGUUUUUGUUCAUUGACAGUGAUGCAUGCAAGUCUCUGAGAAGCAGCAAGCCUUUCAGGUCUCCCGCGGUGGCCUGAAGAGGUCUUGUUUAGAGCAGACAGCAUGCCACAGAACUGAGAAACACAUGUUAACGAGCAGGGGCAUUUCCUGGCUAGCUGCAAUCUACUGAAAAGUACAGUCCUGGCCUGUCUUUGUCUCUGAAGCACGUUGUACAAAGCCCUCGGCAAGGGGAUGCUCACUGGCUUGAAGCAUCCAGAUGAAUAAGUGAGUCAUAUUGUAUGCAAUGGGUCUCAGCAGCCCCAGAUAAAUAGGACACCAAGAAAGCCAGCGUUUCUUAAAGGGGCUUAUUAGCCAAAUGGGAAUUAAUUCCUAGGCACUGUGACAUCUGUGCCUUUGGUUUAGUAGUGAAUCAUGUAUGGUUAUAAGCUAUCUAUAAUUAUGUUUUAUUAAUUUGUAGGGCCUUUUGGAUACAGAGAAGGUGAAACUGGAAGUUGGUGGUUUUCUCCUAAGCAGGCGUGAUUUACUCAGUUUUGCCAGCAGAGGGCUCCCUCCUUAAACUAAUAAAGAGCAUGUGUCUGUAUCAGUGGGGAAAGAGUCUGCUCGCGCUUGCAGUUAACGUUCAUAAGAGAGCCUCUGUGGUAGGUGAUUUUACAUAUCAUGAGGAAUUUGUCUAAAACAACAUGUCUGUGGGUAUUUGGAAUCUUUCCUGCUAUAUACGGCUUUACGGUAGAUACUUUUGAUCUGAGACAAAAUAGACUGUCAGAUUUACAUUUUAAUCUUCUAGAAGGUUCUUAGGUAGGUCCAGACAGGUAUGCAUGAGAAGCCAAUGUGUCUGAUGUUUCUUCCAGAGAAACUCUUUUGAAAGCAGGGAAAUGCAUGAAAAUAAGAAGGCAGCUUUUUUUUUUUCUUCUUAAGCUAAAAGAAGAAAACAAGAAAGCCAGGGUUUUGUUAUAGGUGUGAGGGUUUUUGUUUUUCUUUUCAGUGUAGGCUAAAAGAAAGUAAAUUCAGUUUGUUAGUUCUUUCUUUCCAUACCAAGAAAAGCAAAGAAUAGGGCCUGUGGGCUGAGAAUGGAGUUUAGGACCAAAAGUCUAAAGGUUGAAUUCUUUUUGUGAAGCCCCCUUCCCCCAAUAGUAUGAAGGAAUUACUAAGUAAUGAUCUCUAAAUUACUGUCAUGUUGAGGUUUGGGGCUUUUGUGAUUUCCUUUCGUUAAUGGCUCAAAAGAUUGAAGUCGGGGCUUUUGGGUAGAUGCCAUGUGAACAUUUCCCAGGAAAAGACUUGAUUUCUUUCCUGUCCAGCUAGCAAUCAUAAACUCAGAAAGUUAUCUGCAACUUUCUCAAAUAAAAGACUAGAAUCCCCAAGUCGGGAGAACACGCCCUUCUCUGUCCCUUUGCCUAGCACAGCCAGCAGUUAACCCAGUGCAGACACAACUCUAGAUUGUCCGAUUAGAAAGUCCUAGGGCCAUUUGAAGGUGAGCUGAAGUUGACCCCUUAAAGAUUUGGACUUGCAUAGAAGAUGCCCUCCUGGGGCUGCCAGCCAGCAUACGAUGAGCUAUGUGAAGGGCUUUCCUGUUACACCUGCGGGGCAGACUGUGCCAGUGCGUGGGAGGAGGAGGACGUGAGAGCAAGGCACCCUGUCCUAAGCUGUUCUGAGAGGUUCAGGCCUUCACAAGCGCGUCUUUGAUUCUAUUUUUUGCUGAACUAGGUGGAUUACUUCCUGUGCUGCUUCACUGCGGCCCACUUGAGCCCCCGGAGCGGGGGCUGCCAGCACAUUACAGGCACCGUGGCCACCAGGGAGGACUAUUUUCAGCACCCCCUUACAAUGCCUUUCUCAUUUCCCGGGUGAAAAUGAGCAAGUUAGUCUUGCCUCGGCCACUUGUCAGCCCGAUGACAACUUUGACUUUGACUUGGGUGCCCCUCCCCCUCCCAAAAUCCUUAGCUCAGCAAAUAUUUGAACCUGCCCGAGUUAAUCAUGAAGCCGCGAUCUUUAUCUGAGCGAGACGUGCGAGCGCCCGCCGGGGCUCCUUUCUUCCCCCUUGCAGUAGCGCGACCCAGGGGAGCUCUGCUCGCGGAGCCGGGGACUUGCUGCCGGGGCGGGGCGCGGGGCGGAGGGACCCGCUGCAGCCUAGCCCAGGGGAACCGGCAGCCGGGCUGAGAGUCGCGCGCCCCCGCCUUGCGCGCUCACUGCCAGCUAGGUUCCUUACUGCCGGUACCGGGCGGGCGGGGGAGCCUCGGGGGCUGGAGCCACUUGGUAGAAGAACAGCUUCUUUGGAUUUUUUUUCCCCGGUGGGAUACUGGCAGUUCAAAGCGAAACCGUUGAAAUGCAUAACCUGCAAACACUGCCCCCUAAACCACCCAAGCCCACUUCUAUAGCCAACAACAGCAUGAACAACAAUAUGUCCUUACAGGAUGCUGAAUGGUACUGGGGAGAUAUCUCAAGGGAAGAAGUAAAUGAAAAACUCCGAGACACUGCUGAUGGGACCUUUCUGGUACGAGAUGCAUCCACUAAAAUGCACGGCGACUACACUCUCACACUAAGGAAAGGAGGAAAUAACAAAUUAAUCAAAAUCUUUCACCGAGAUGGGAAAUACGGCUUCUCUGAUCCAUUAACCUUCAACUCUGUGGUUGAAUUAAUAAACCACUACCGGAAUGAGUCCUUAGCUCAGUACAAUCCCAAGCUGGAUGUGAAGUUACUCUACCCAGUGUCUAAAUACCAGCAGGAUCAAGUUGUCAAAGAAGAUAAUAUUGAAGCUGUAGGGAAAAAAUUACAUGAAUAUAAUACUCAAUUUCAAGAAAAAAGUCGGGAAUAUGAUAGAUUAUAUGAGGAAUACACUCGUACUUCCCAGGAAAUACAGAUGAAAAGAACAGCUAUCGAAGCAUUUAAUGAAACCAUAAAAAUAUUCGAAGAGCAGUGCCAAACCCAGGAGCGGUACAGCAAAGAAUACAUAGAGAAGUUUAAACGCGAAGGCAACGAGAAGGAAAUUCAAAGGAUAAUGCAUAAUCACGAUAAGCUGAAGUCUCGGAUCAGCGAGAUCAUCGACAGCAGGAGGAGACUGGAGGAAGACUUGAAGAAGCAGGCAGCCGAGUAUCGCGAGAUCGACAAGCGCAUGAAUAGCAUUAAGCCGGACCUCAUUCAGCUGAGAAAGACAAGAGAUCAAUACUUGAUGUGGCUGACGCAGAAAGGGGUCCGGCAGAAGAAGCUGAACGAAUGGUUGGGAAACGAAAACACAGAAGACCAAUACUCACUGGUAGAAGAUGACGAGGAUUUGCCCCACCAUGAUGAGAAGACGUGGAAUGUGGGGAGCAGCAACCGAAACAAAGCCGAGAACCUAUUGCGAGGGAAACGAGAUGGCACUUUCCUGGUCCGGGAGAGCAGUAAGCAGGGCUGCUAUGCCUGCUCUGUAGUGGUAGAUGGCGAAGUCAAACAUUGCGUCAUCAACAAGACUGCCACCGGCUAUGGCUUCGCCGAGCCCUACAACCUGUACAGCUCCCUGAAAGAGCUGGUGCUACAUUACCAACACACCUCCCUGGUGCAGCACAAUGACUCCCUCAAUGUCACACUAGCAUACCCAGUAUAUGCACAACAGAGGCGAUGAAGCGCUGCCCUCCCUCGGAUACAGUUCCUCACCUUCAAGCCACCCAAGGCCUCUGGGAAGCAAAGGGCUCCUCUCCAGCCCGACCUGUGAACUGAGCUGCGGAAUCGAAGCCGGAUGUCUGCACAUGGGACUAGAGCUUUCUUGGACAAAAAGAAGUCGGGGAAGACAUGCAGCCUAGGGCUGUUGGAUGACCAGACGUUUCUAACCUUAUCUUUCUUUUUUUUUUUUUUUUUUUUCUUUUAAUUUAAAGCCACAAUACACAGAGGAAAAAGAAAUGCAAAAAAAUCUCUCCGUGCAAGGACAAAGAGGCCUUUAACCAUGGUGCUUGUGAACGCUUUCUGAAGCUUUACCAGCUACAAGUUGGGACUUUGGAGACCAGAAGGUAGACAGGGCCGAGGAGCCUGCACCUGGGGCCGCUCGGUCCAGCCUGGUUUAGCCUGGGUGUCACUGGGUGUGGUGAUCCCAGACACAUCGCACUGUGGAUUGUUUCCUUUUUAAAUGAACGGAUGACAUGUAGCAGAGAGCCGCGUCUGCUCAGAGAGAGAACAUCGAUGCAGUGCGUUCGGAGGAAAAACAAAAACACCAGAAAACCUUUUUGUUCAAGCUUGUCAAACCAACAACCUGCCAACAGAGAAAAAGAGUGUGGACAAGGGGACUUAAAAAUGACAUUCAGUAUAUAAAACAUGUACAUAAUAACGAGUGACUAACUAUCAAAUAGAUGGAUUUGUAUCAAUACCAAAUAGCUUCUGUUUUUGUUUUGCUAAAGGCUGAACGUGCAGCGCUAUGCAAUUCUCGAUUUUUAUUACGUUGUUACCAGUUUCCGAUCACCUUCAGAGUAAGCUUUCCUCACCCCAGGAUUUUGUUGCUUGAAAAUACUGUCCCUGACUUUUGUUAAUAUUUGUUUUUGUUAUUCUUACUUUUUUUUAAAAAAAAUAAAAUAAAAUAAAUGUACAGGAUGCCAGAAAGGAAAAAUGGCUUCAGAAUUAAAACUAUGAAAUAUUUUACAGUUUUUCUUGUACAGAGUACUUGGCUGUUAGCCCAAGGUUAAAAAGUUCAUAACAGAUUUUUUUUUUUUUCUCGGACUAAAUGUUGGGCAGGGCCCUGAUAAGCUUCAAAGCUGCUUUAUUCAAUAAAAAAAAAGAAAAAGAAAAAGAAAACGAUAUAUGAUAUGACAAAGUAUGGCUGAGUCCAACAGUGUGAAGACUCUUGAAAUACGGUACCUGGCAAUGUUUGUUUCCUUAUCAAUUGUGAACUUGUUGAAUCUGGAGGGAGGGGAGGCAGUCAUGGGUUGUAACAGGCAGGGUUAAGGGGAGGGGGGUGGUAAGGUGGUGUGCACUUUCUUGGGAUCCCAGAGAAGGGGAGAAUCGAGGCUGUGUGUCUCCCGUCUUUCCCCAUCUGAGUUUAUUACCAGUAACUCCAGACCCAGUAUGUAACUUGAACCCAGCACAGCUGGCCAGCAUCUCCAUUCUCCUGAGGGAAAUGCUGAGUUCAUUCUGGGGUUCCUGGGACGCGCCCUUUCUCGUUGUCCUUGUAACACACUGGCCUCAAGGUUGAAUCCCUGCAUUUAGAAAAUGUGUUCUUUUCUCUUUGCAGCAUUGGACUAGUCACAGCAGCCAGUCACCAUUCAUUUCAGCAAAGGCAUGAUCUGAAAAACAGUACUUCUAGCUGGAUACUUGUUACUUUCCUAGCUCUCUGUUCAGUUCCGCUUAGAUCGGAAGACAAGUAGACCCAAGUGGGCGGUCCCUGUGCUCUGUGGAGAUUGUUAAAUGCAAACUGACAGUUCUGACGGUCCUUCUCGUUAGCAUAAAGGUGCAUGUUGUAUACGUCAGGGUGUGAGAAGGGAGCAGUUGGUGACAUCCUUAAUUUAGGACAAGAGUUUGAGUUUGCCCACCCUCAUGUACGUGUGCAAAAGCUGGUGUGAUCGUGGGGAAUCACGGUCACAGCCUAGGUAGAUUCACCAGCCAUCCUCAGUUUCUCUUUCUCAAUUACCAGAUGCACCCCCAGCUUUACCUCUUCCCUUUAUAGACUAAGGUGAAGGUGUUUGCAGGUCUCGUAAUGUCGUUCUUGUUUGAAUCUUAGAAUUUGCAGCCCAGUGGCCAGGUUAAUGGUCUGUCGAAUGUAUUCUUUUCCUUCCUGUGAAGCCACUGCUCAUCCUCAAGAGGAAGAGUCAGUCAGCGAGACUGUCAGCCUGCAGACUUGACCUGCCCACCUCCUGACUGCCAGGCCAUUGAUCCCUGGCUUCACCCCAGGCUUUGCAACUUCCAGUGGUAGCGUUCUGCCAUGCCACAUGUGACUGAAGACUUAACACUUGUUUGUAAGCUAGGUUGGUGGUUAAUUGGAUUCUGUUUCUUCUUUCUUUCUCUCUUUCCUUCCCCCUUUUCCUUUUUGCAGCACAUCACGUAUGCUAUCAAACACAACUAACUUUAAUUUUAAAAAUGGAUCUGAGAUUGCACCGUUACAAGUUCUGUUCAAUGGUUUUUCUUUUCUUUUUUUUUUUUUUUCUUCCUUCAGCACUCUUUGCAGGAUGACUUGCAACUUUUAGGCAGUUGCCUCAAUUUCUCAUCUCACCAACACACGUACAAUAGAGCUUUCAUUUGUCAGAAGGCAGGAGCCACUGAGUUAAGUCACUCAGCGUCCUGCUGAAUGCCUUUUUGAUGACAGGCUGGUAUGCUCACCGGCUCUGUCCUUAGAGAAGCUUGACCUGAUUCUAUCCAGGCCUCCUCUAGUAGCAUGAUCGAAGAUAGAGAGGGCAUGGCUGAGGUGUGAGCAUUCCCGCAUCGGUUUUUCUCACAACCUGUCACAUCCUAGAGCCAGCAGACACUAAGCUGCUGAGAGACAGAGCUAGGCUGUAGACGUGGGAGGGUUGGGACCUCGUGUUCCACACCAGAGUGAUCAUAACCACGUGAUGAGGCAGCAAGCAUGUUUUGCAACAUUUGACAACUUCACAGCCCUGGAUAUAUGUAUAUAUGUAUAGUGUGCAUGGACUGUUUCCAGUACACCUUUCAGCCACGCAGAUCCACAGUGGAGUUCAAGUAUGUAACAAGCGGAUGUCCAGUACAGGUCUUGUAGACGCUGUGUGUGUGUGUGUGUGUGUGUGUGUGUGUGUGUGUGUGUGUGUGUGUGUGUGUGUGCGUGUGCGUGUGCGUGUGCUAUUGCUUUGUUUUGUCUUAUAAAGGUAAAGCUUGUCGGCACGUGAAACGAGAAGUCCAUUAGUUGACAUUUUCCUGUUUUUAGAAGCUACUCCCUUUUGGGGAGCAGGUCUGCAUGACUUGCUUACCUGAUGUGUCCCUGUUGUCAGGUCAGAGUGUGUUUCUGUGAGCUGUCAUUGUGGGGAACCAAUUGCUUUGUCAUAUAUCUGGUUCCGAACUAUAACUUGUUUGGGAAGUCUACUGAUGUUCCUGCUGGUUUUCCCAAGUGUGCUUUCGCAAUGCAUGGUAUCCACGUCACUUGGAAAGUGGGCUUUGUUGUCUGUCUGAAUUUAGGGUCACUUAAGAAAGGGGCAGUUAAAAAUAAAGCACAAUGCCUCACAUGGGACAAAGUUCCAAAAUGCCAAAUUCUUCUAUUUUUUACAACAACCUGUAGUUAUGUAAAAUAACUAGUACUGGGGGAGGGAAGGGGGUAGAAUUGGCUCAAUUGGAAAGACUCUCCCACUUCACACUAAGCUUGUUUGUCACCAUGAGAUAGCAUUGGCUGCCCAGGAUGCUGCUAUUUAAAAAAAAAAAAAAAGCAAAACAAAACAAAAAAAAAGAACCCUCAUUUAUAUGUGUGUAUUUUUUAAAGCUACACUCUGUUCAGUGUUUUUACAAAUCUGUUUAUAUGACAUUGAUAAACUAAAGUUGGUCUUUUGACGAGAGGGAGGAUGUCAUGGUUGGUUGUAAUUUUGCCUUUACAAGGUAACUGGGGUUGGGGUGGGGAGGGAGUGUGCCUCCUUGACAUUUUGUUCAAGUUAUAGAUUCAGUGAAGCUAUGUAUUGUUUUAAGUUGCUUAAUGCAUUGUAUUAGGUCCUCAAACAGAAUAAAGGUUGUUUUGAAACUUAAAA